UUUUUAUUUGCGUUUAACAAACAUCCCCCAUCCUCAAAACCCCCAACUAUAAUGUGUGACUUAAUCGUCAACAUGAAAAUCACAAACAGAACACAAGAAGAAACAGAGAAAGAUAACAAGAAACAGAACAAACAAUCACAACACCAAACAAGAGAAGCAAGAAUCUGCAGCAGAGCUUUGUGUUGCAGCAACAAAGCAAGACUCAGCAUUUCUUCUUCUUCUCCCUCCUCGGUGGAGUCAGACAUAAGUUCUAGAUUUUCAGACCAGCACGGUUCACUCUCUAGCCUAGCACACUACAUGGUUCAGGAGAAGCUAGAGCAGAUGAUCAGAGAGACACAAGAAGCCACACAACAUCAAGCAAAGAUUAGGCAAGAAAAGGCGAGAAGAACAAGAAGAAGAAGCGAGGGUAGCAUCGGUAGCACCAAGUUCAUUGUCAUGAUGGCCAUGGAGAAAUUUUCUUAUUAUCCAAGAGAGGACUUUAGAGACUCCAUGGUGGAGAUGAUUGUAGCAAACAAAAUAAAAGAAGCAGAUGAACUUAGAAGCCUCUUGGAGUACUAUCUAUCGAUGAAUCCUCGCGAGUACCGGUCUGCCAUUCUCGAGAUCUUUUACGAGGUUUGUGCUGAUUUGUUUCGUAGCUAAAAGAGAAAAAAGAUCACUUGUUUCUUCAAAUGUGUGUAAGAUACUUGGUUUGUAACAAACCGGUUUUCUAAGUAAUAAAAUAGACCGAUUUGUAUAACAUUCAUAGACCAAGAGUAACUGAAACUAGAAACUUGAGGUUACAGAAGAAAACAGCACUGUGAUACAAUUUUUCUUUCAAUUUGGUAUAGAAUGCCAUAGUAUACCAAAUAUGAACUGAUGCUAAAGUGUUUGUUUAGCAAAGCGUUAACCGUACAGUUUAAGUAUGUAUCAAUGUAAAUAUAUAUUGUAUUUCUUAAGAGUAACAUCCAUUAUUAUAACUCUCCAACAGGUAAUAUAACAGUUACAUCACUAUUAAACAUAGACAAAUGGUUCUAUACUAGUAGUAUAUAUGUUACUCU